GCUGCCUACGGCUAAGCACUGAAGGUGAAAACGAUGAAAGAGUGGGUGAGAUUUCUUUGUUUCCAGGAAGAUGCACAGAUGAACAAAAGUUCUCGUAGUUCCCGGCGGAAUCGACGAGCUACUACAUUUUCGGAGAUGUUGCAGUUUUUGAUGUUCUUAAGGACCCGCGAAAAUAAAGACCUCCAUUGUGCGGUUUUCUGUUUCGGCGGAAAGAGUAGAAACGUCCAUGUCGCCUUGGGGGUGUGCGAGGCGAAUGAUAAUGAAGAUCAACAAGACGUCGUGUAUAAUAAUCUCCCGGGAAAAGUUUCGAGCAGCAGCAGUCAUGAUACGGCGGGAACGACCGUGAAAUGUGUUGCUGACACACGGAUUUUGUUCCUGAUAGUACAACGUACGAAUAAAAAAAACAAGCUCAUAUAUUGCUGCAGGGAAUUUUUUUUUUCAAAUUUCGAGAACCUUCUGGUUCUGGCAUGAUAUUCUUUAGAUUUUUAGCGUUCCAGCACCACAUUUGUAUGAUUUUAGAAAACUUCUUCUUUUUUCCACACUCGAGUGGUAGAAUCCAAAACGCGCGAGAGAAUCCAGUCUCUUCUCCAUUUUGGUCGCGACGAGAGUCUGGAAACUGGUGAGAAUGAUGAAUACACGCCAAAAAACUAGAAAGAGAGACGAAGUUUUCUGAUGGCUCCGGAACUGUAUGAUUUAACUGAGGAGCAACGAUGGCGCAAAGACUGUGAAUGACGACUCAAAAUUGUCGCGAAUUGAUUCGUUUUUAAGUCUGAGAUCAAAAAAUAGUAGGUGCGGAGUUUUUGAGCGUGUUCGGAAUAAGACUGCCCGGAAGAUGGCUUCGUCGUAGUUGUAAGCGGUGACGCUUUUGUUCGCGAGGUGGCGGGGCCUCUGCGGCCUGGUUACGCACCUAGUACAUAGGGCAGCCGCGGCGUGGCGGUUCGUCGCCGGCCGGGCACGCGGGCGCUGUUUCUCCGGGGGCUGGCGCUGGGGUCUAGCGUACUACGCGAGGGCGCGCAGUCAGGCCGCGGGGCGAUUCGCUCGCGCGCGCGAGGCAGCUUCGC